AUGUCUGACGAGUUGAAAAAAGAAUUUGCGUCUGAGAACGUGAAGUUAGAUCCUGCUGCUGAACAAAAAAUGGGUGCAAAGUCUGAUGAUGAUUUAAACACUAGACAGAAGCUGGAUAAGAUUGAGGAAGAUUCUGUUGCUGUUCCUGUCAAGCAAGAGGAUGAACCAGAACCUGAAGCUGUUAUACAAGAUGAAAAAAUUUCAAAUGAAACUCCCAUCAAGCAAGAAGUUAGCGAAGAUCCAACCGAUACAGAGCAACCUCCUUUAAAAAAGGCUAAGCUUGAAGAUGAUGAUGUUGAACAAGAAAAUGGCUCCAAUGGAGUCAAUGGGUCUGCUGCUCACAACGAGCUUCGCAUAGUCAAAUCUCAACUGCGUCCAAUUGUUGUCGUUCCACCAGCUAAACCAGAAUUGUUUUACAUACCAUUGAAAACUGGAUUGGUAUAUGAUGUGAGAAUGAGAUACCAUGCUAAGAUCUUCACAUCAUAUUUUGAGUAUACUGACCCUCAUCCUGAGGAUCCUCGUCGUAUAUAUCGAAUUUACAAGAAACUAGUAGAAGCUGGUUUGGUGCAAGAUUAUUCUUUAUCAGGGAUUGAUGAGUUGGGUCCAUAUAUGCAAAAAAUUCCCAUAAGAGAAGCAUUAGCAGAUGAGAUAUUGGAAGUUCAUUCAGAAGAGCACUUGAAGCAUAUACAAUCCACUGAAACAAUGACUAAGGAUGAAUUGUUGAAGGAAACAGCCAAUGGCGAUUCCAUAUAUGUUAACAAUGACUCCUUCUUCUCGGCCAAGUUGUCUUGUGGUGGAGCCAUUGAGGCUUGUAAAGCUGUGGUGGAAGGAAGAGUCAAAAACUCACUUGCUGCUGUUAGACCGCCGGGGCACCAUGCUGAGCCAGAUUCUCCUGGUGGUUUCUGCUUGUUUAGUAAUGUUGCUGUUGCUGCCAAGAACAUUCUCAAGUCCUAUCCCGAAUCGGUACGAAGAAUAGUUGUUCUCGAUUGGGAUAUUCACCAUGGUAACGGUACCCAAAAGGCAUUUUAUGACGAUCCAAGAGUUCUAUACAUUUCGCUACACAGGUAUGAAAAUGGUAAAUUUUAUCCAGGGACUAAAUAUGGUGGAGCGGAUCAAGUUGGUGAAGGUGCAGGAGAGGGUUUCAAUUUGAAUAUUCCUUGGAGAUCACAUGGAAUGCACGAUGGUGAUUACGUGUAUGCAUUUAAUAAGGUCAUUAUUCCCGUCAUGUUGGAAUACGAUCCAGAUUUGAUCAUUGUCAGCUCUGGUUUUGAUGCCGCUGAUGGAGAUGUGAUUGGUGCCUGUCAUGUGAGUCCAGCAGGAUAUGGAUACAUGACACACUUGUUGAAAGCCAUAGCUAGGGGGAAAUUGGCAGUAAUUCUUGAAGGUGGUUACAAUUUGACCUCAAUUAGUAAUAGUGCUUUAGCAGUGGCGAAAGUAUUACUUGGUGAGCCACCAGAAAACACCAUAAAAAAGCAGCCUCAUGGUGAUGCAAUUGAGGUUAUCGACGAGGUCACGAAAAUACAGUCCAAAUAUUGGAAAUGUUUAAAAGCAGGAGUACCCAAGACCUCGUUUGAUGAUGUAUAUGAUUUACCCGAUCUCGAUAAAGAAAGGUACAAGUUGACCAACAUAUCAGACCCAAUACGAUCUUAUCAAAACAAUGAGGCUUACUUCAAAAAGCAAUUCAUCAACUUACCAAUAAUAAAUCACGACAAGGGAGAUAAAAAGAAUGCCAACUUUACCUGUGACUUGCCCCAGCAAGUAGAUGAGUUGAUCAUGGCUAGUCGAGACAUCUAUGAUUGUACAUCGAUUGUAUUCACUAUACACGACCCACCAGAGAUAUGGGCAAACAUCAACCCAACAACAGGAAUCAUAGAAAGUAACUCAUCUAUACUAUUGGAACAACCAUUGUUUCAAAUCAUGGAUAAAGUGGAGAAAGAAAGGGAUAGUGAAAACAAAGACAAAAUUGGUUACAUCGAUAUCAAUGUCCCUUCUUUCCAGUUACCAAUCCCUGGAUUAUCAACCACUUAUGAAUCAUCAUACAACCCAACUAUUUUUGCUCAAGAAGUGCUUUUGUACAUUUGGGAUAACUACAUUUCAUUCUUUACCAAGUUGAAGAAAUUGGUAUUUGUUGGGUUUGGAGACUCAUAUCAAAGUAUAGUGCACUUAUUUAGUAAGCGUCCAUCAGCUGAUAUCAAAAGUUUGGUUAAAUUCACCAUCGCUUAUGUCAAUAGAACCCCAUUGAAGCCUAUAAACCCAGUCAUGGAUGAAAGUAUGGUUGAUUGGUUUUAUCACAAUUCAACAAUCUUUACCAGCAAUUUAAAUUCCUGUUGGAGUAAUUCUGGCAAUGGCUCAUCUAGUGAUUCUAAUGGAGAUGAUUUAAAGCGACCAAGAAGAAAAUUCGGCCGAGUAUUGAAAGCUAGGGGAGACGGGUUAUUUGAUGUGAUCAAUGAAAAAUUCGAUGAGGGGGUCGACAACAUUUUGGAUAGUAUAGAGGACUACUCAAGUUCCGAGGAGUAA